AACAAGCUUAAAUGAAAAGCUGCGUUGAAGACCAGUUGGAACAAAUUUUGCCUGUUGCCUGGCAACACAACAAGGACCUUGGUGACUGUAUGAUAGAGCUGUAUGACAAAAACACUGUGGACAGAUGUCAAGUUCCGCUGCAAGGAUCAUGACGAAAAUGAAAGAAUCCAUGUGCACAAAAUAGUUCUUGCAGCAAGAAGUCCAGUCUUCCAGGCGAUGUUUUUUGGUCCGUGUGCUGACGGAAAAGACGAAAUCAAACUGGAAAAUGCCGAGUCAAAAACAAUCGAUUUAUUUCUUUGAUACAUCUAUAGCGACAAGAUCAACUUGACCGAAGAAAACGCUUCAUCAGUACUUGAAAUGGCUCACUUGUACCAGGUGUCAAACCUGGUACAGUUAUGUGCUGAUUAUCUCGCUACCAUUAUCACGUCUGAGAAUGCCUGUGCAAUUUUAACGCUGGCCUGGCGUUACGACGUAACAAUUCUACGUGACGCAUGCUGUUAUUUCAUCGACAACAAUGCAGAUGAAAUUCUACAAUCGGAUGACUUUUUAGAAUUAUCAAACGAAUGCCUGACAUAUAUUUUGAAAGGGGACACAUUCUAUGCAGACGAAGAGGACAUAUGUAUUAAGACCGAGGAAUGGUCCAUGAGAAAACUUGAUGAAGAUAACUUAGAAAACCAUGGACCAAACAUGAGACAAGCUCUGGAUGAAUCAUUUUAUUACCUAAGACUUCCUACGAUGACAUACAAUACCUUGAUGAUGUGUACUCGAAAGAAAGGUUAUUUUUCAGUUGAAGAAUAUGAAGACAUUGUUGAUUUUGUCAACGGAAUUCCUGACGCGUCAGUGAAGAGCAAUUCCUGUGUUGCAAGACUGCCAACAGUAGAAACACUGCUUAUAAAUGACGAGGAUGGAGAAGCAAUAGUUAGCGACAAUCACACAACAAUUUUUAUAAUUUCUGUAUCCAGAGAUGUGAAGUUAAAAAAUAUUUGUCUGUCAGAAAUACACAAAUAUUUGAAACAUGAUAAUAAACUUUAUAGCGACCGAAACUGUAAAAGUAUUUCAAUUAAUGACGAUACAGUAGCAAUGCUGUAUUUUAAUUACAAAAAUAAGGUCAUUAAGUUAACUAACUUGGGCAGAAACGGAAAGGGGCUAAGCAAGCUAAGAGAAGUUACUGGACAAGACUUGCCAGUGGAUCUCAACCUGGUUGUGUCUGGCAGUUUACAAGUUACACACCCUCCAGAAGUACCACGCAUCCGUUGUUGGAUGGAUAAAACAAUAAAAGAAAAAUAUGAAGAGGAAGAUUUGGAUGAGAUAGGAAAUGGACUGUAUGAUGCAGAAGUACUUGACGAUGAUGUAGACUAUGAUGAUCAUGACGAUGAGGGAGAACGAAUGAUAUAUGAACAAGAGAUACAGUUGCAGAUGACAGACAGACAACAAGUUAUCCAUCUUAAAGAACCCGUGACCUUUACAAAGGCUGGAUCAUAUAUAGUUUCAAUAAACCUUAAGUAUAGCUGUAAAAGUGUGGUCAAAAUGAAGACAUGUACCAGCAGCAGAGAAACUGUAACAAGCCAGUACGGACAUGUGAAAGUAGUUGAUUUAUCUGGUAGAUUUGCAGGAAUCAAAAGCCUAGGAUUUGAACAUUUUUCAAAUAGAGAAUCUGUGAAAGAAUCCAAAAUGAUUGAGGAAGAAUUCUAAAAGUAAAAAGCAAGCUAAAUCAACUAAGGUCUGUCCCAUCCCAUCCGUUAACAUCAACUUAAAUGCAAGCUGACAAAACUGGUGCAGCUAUCGAGUUCAGAGUUAUGGUUCUUGGUCUACACAGUCAUCUAAUCAUGAUACACAAGUGUGCAAAGUUUCAAAGCCGCAGCUCUGACAGUUUUUGUGAAAAGGUGGACCUAAACAAAAAUUUUAACCAACGCUGAUGAUCAUUGUGACAAUACCCCAUAGACGUUUUUAAACAAGAGGGCCAUGAAGGCCCUGUAUCGCUCACCUGACCUAUUGACCUAAAGAUAAUCAAGAUCAACAUUCUGACCAAAUUUCAUUAAGAUAUGGUCAUAAAUGUAGCCUCUAAAGUGUAAACUAGCUUUUCCUUUGAUUUGACCCGGUGACCUAGUUUUUGACCCCAGAUGACCCAGAUUCAAACCUGACCUAAAGAUUAUCAAGAUUAACAUUCUGAUCAAGUUUCAUGAAGAUACAGUCAUAAAUGU